ACGUCAAACCGCCGCGACUCCUCACCGGUGGGAUACAAGCGUGACUGUUGGAGUCAACUGUGUUUAUUUAAUAACUAGCUGACAAAGUGAAUAUUAUCGGCAGUAACGUCCUUAUUUUCCUCCAACAUGGCGACGUCAAUGCCGCAGAAGCGUUACUACAGACAGAGAGCCCAUUCAAACCCGAUGGCGUACCACACGUUUGAUUAUCCAGUGUGUCCUGAGGAGAUGGACUGGUCCACGCUGUAUCCACACUUCUUCACUGCCGGCCCCUCUGACAAAGAGACCCCUCAAGUUGAGUUUGCGGACAUUGGAUGUGGAUACGGGGGUCUUUUAGUGGAGUUAUCGCCACUCUUCCCAGACAAGCUCAUGCUGGGGAUGGAGAUCCGGGUGAAAGUGUCAGAUUAUGUUCAGGAUCGCAUCCGGUCUCUGCGUGAAUCAGAACCAGGAGGAUACCAGAACAUCGCCUGCAUCCGCAGCAACGCGAUGAAGUACCUCCCCAACUUCUUCUUUAAAGGACAGCUCAGUAAGAUGUUCUUUCUUUUCCCUGACCCUCACUUUAAGAAGACCAAGCACAAGUGGAGGAUUAUUAGUCCCACGUUGUUGGCAGAGUACGCCUACACGCUGAGAGUUGGGGGUUUGGUGUAUACCAUCACAGAUGUGGAGGAAGUGCAUGUCUGGAUGGUGAAGCACUUCAGUGAACAUCCACUGUUUACACGUGUCUCUGAUGAAGAACUGGUUGAUGACAUCAUCAUAAGUCGUUUGGGUACCUGUACAGAGGAAGGAAAGAAAGUGCAGAGAAACGGAGGGAAGAACUUUCUUGCAGUUUUCCGGAGGAUUGAGGAUUCAAACUAAAAACAGUUGGGACAAUGUAAUGAACUGAAAUAAUGGUCCUAUGCAGUCGUCUAUACAUGGAGGAUAAUGUUGCUCUGUGGAUCUGGAGGCUGUGGCUUGUUCCACCAGCAGAUGAACACUGAUGUCUUUUUUCCAGUGGACAAACAUUUACAGCAUUACCCAAUAGAGGAUUGGUGUUUGAGUUUUUUCAUAUAAUUAACGUAUUUCAUUCCUCAGAUAUCAAAAGACACCACAAAUCCACAUCUCUGUUCUGAUUAGAUGCCAUUAGAAGUGUUUUGUAUUGCUUUUUGUCAUGAAUUUUUAUUAUUGCAUUUCACUUCAGUUUCUUUUGCUUACGUGCUUUUUCUUGUGAAGCUAUAAAUUCUUUUAGUAAAACAAAAAAA